AAUGCCAGAAUUGAAUUGAACCCAGCAAAUGGAAAGAUAUCUAUAGUUGAUAAUGAUGAAGCCAGGGUGGGUCUGGAGCAAACAUUUUUCAAUGUAAUAGAGAGUGUGGGUGUGGUUGAAGUAUGUGCAAUAAUCACAUUCCCAUCCAUUAAUUGCCCAGUGGAAUUUCCGUUUGAUGUUGGACUGUCAACUGAAGAUGGAACUGCAGUACAAACUACGGACUAUGGAGCACUUGAUGUGUUACUCAGUUUUAAUUCCUGUGAAACUAGAAAGUGUGUGAAUGUUAGCAUAGCAGAUGAUGGUUUGGAUGAAACCGAUGAGUUCUUCACCUUUAACCUGACAAGGACUUCGAAUGUUCACUCUGGAAUCGAAAUAGGUCCAGUGCACGGACAGGUACAUAUUCAUGGUGGGGAUGUGAACAUCACACUUGGCUACAACUCCACUCUUUACACAACGAGUGAAAGUCGUGGAAUUGUUGAGCUAAAGAUUCAUUUUCUCCACCCACCAGGAGGAGCUCCACAACCUUUAACAAUCACAGUCAACACUCAUAAUGGCACUGCAAGUUCUUCUGAAGGAGACUAUGGUGCUCUGAGCGAUGAAAUCUUACAAUUCAAUGUGGGAGAAAUGUUUCAGACCCACACAAUCAUUAUUAAUGAUGACACACUCUGUGAGAACUCGACUGAAACAUUCUUCUCCAGUAUUUCACUUGGUGAAGGCAUGGGACAUUUCAUACAUUUCACUCAGCCUCAAGCGAUGAUCAUAAUUGAUGACUCAGAAGAAGCAGAAUGUAUACCAAUUGAAGUUGGCUAUGAACUGUCAGCCUACAAUACAUCUGAGAAACAUGAAGAAGUGACAAUCUGCGUUGUUGUUAUAAACCAUGAGAGUGGCUCUCCAAGACCAUUUACUGUCAAUGUUACUACUUUGGAUGGAGUAGCAAACUCAGGCUAUGACUAUAGAGGAGUAGUGAAUGCUCCACUAAUAUUCACAGUAGGAAAGAGUCGUGCCUGUCAUACUGUUAGAAUACUCCCAGAUGAUGAGUGUGAGGCUGAUCAUAUUGAGGACUUUUUCUUUUCUGUGGAAUACAAUAGUGGAGAAAUGCCCAUCGUCAUAACACGGAACAGGACAAGCAUAGUAAUUAGCGACACUGCUGAACCUGAGUGCAGACCAAUUGAAGUGGGUUAUAAUACUGACACAAACUUUGUAACAGAGAAAAGUGGAAGUGUAACUUUCACAAUUAGAGUCUCUAGUCAUCCGUUCACUGGAGCACCACGGCCUUUUAGUCUUGCUGUCAGAACUAUGGAUGGCACUGCAAUCGGCUGUUGUGACUACGUAAAUGUAAGUGGUCAGAUCGUGCAGUUCAUGAGGGGAGACGUUAUUCAUACUCACACUAUCACCAUCAAUGACGAUGAUGCCUGUGAAGUUGGUCUAAAUGAAUACUUUUACUCACAUAUUGACCUGGACAGUGGGAUUCCACCUAUAAAUGUGACUGUACAACAAAUAAGAGUCAACAUUGAUGAUAAUGAUGAGCCUGAGUGUGGUAAGCUGUGUCCUUUUUGUAAUGGAAGUUUUUGUAGAAACCGUGUGCGAAUAAUAAUAUGUCCCCAGAGUCAAUAGUUGUUGGCUAUGACCGACCUGUGUACACAGUGAGGGAGGGUGAUAGAACACUGAAUCUCACCAUUAAAGUCUUCAGCCACCCAAUCAGUGGAGCUCCACGAUCUUUCACUCUCUCUUUUGAUCUUGAAGAUAGCACUGCAAGCAGUGGUGCUGACUAUGUUAAUAUGACUGAACAUAUCGUUUUUAUGAGAGGAGAGGUUAUUCAGACUCACACUAUCCUCAUUGAAGAUGAUGAUGAAUGUGAAAUCGAUCCAAAUGAACAGUUUUUGUCAGUUAUGGCUUUAAUUAGUGGAAUCCCUGGUAUCAAUGUGACUGUGCCUCGAGCCCUUAUUACUAUCGAUGAUAGGGAUGAGUUCGAGUGUGGUUUAAUUACUGUUGGCUAUGAUACGGACAUGUACACCAGUAGAGAGGGUGAUGGAAGUGUAACCCUCACAAUUAGGCUGUUCAGUCAUCCAAGCAAUGGAGCUCCACGACCUUUUAAUGUGACCGUCAGCACUAAAGAUGGCAAUGCAUCAAUUGCUGGUGGCGACUAUGUUCCAGUCAUGGAUCAAAUCAUACAAUUCAGUAGAGAGGGAAACAAUAGUGACCUAUAAUAUUACAACCAACAACAAUAAAACCUGUGAACCCAACCCAGACAAAUAUUUUAUCUCUGUUAUUUCCACGAGAGACACUUCAGGUAUCAACAUCCUUGUGCCUCAAUCUACUGUCACCAUCACUGAUGACUCUAGGGGAGAGGAGUGUGGAGUAAUUAGUGUUGGCUAUGACCAAGUAACAUACCACACAAGCAGAAAUGAAAGAUUAGUUGAACUUGUAAUCAAGGUUUUCAGUCAUCCAUCCACUGGAGCACCACGA